UCUGGUCUCUCUCUUCAGAUAAGUAGUUGGAUUAUUGGGCAUGUCUGCUCGAGGUUGAAUGUCCUCCUCUCUGGUGAUGAAGAGACUAAGCUCGUGCGGAAGCAAGUCACUAUUCUGAGCUGAGCUCUGACCGUGAGAGGAACGGAGCUUCUUCUUCUUUAUCUUCUUCCCCCUUCCUGCAACGUAUACUUUAUCCCCAGGCAUGCUAGCACAGAGGAAGAAUGAUUCAUCCCAAAAGCUCUCACAUUCAGAAACCACCAUUGGUGCUGCUUACUUAAGAAACGAUCUAUUGCGGAUGACCUCAACUCCGACUGUUCCAAGAUCCAUGCCGGAUGAAAUUUCUCCGGCUUCUAUCAUCAAGCACCAUUCAGGGAUGGCCGAGAAGCUAGAAGUGGUAACUGACAGAUCUGAGUCGAUUUUGGGUUUGAGGGAGAGUACUGUAUGGGGAAAUUGUUCACAUCUCAAAGCUCGUCUAGCCUCAUUCAUGAAAGCCCCUGUCGCCGCAAAACUUGUGGUGGUGGGAGGAGCUCUUGUUUCCUUGAUUGCAUUGCUUUUACGGCGCACAAUAAUAGGGCCUCAAUUUCGUCUCUACUUGGGAAUAAGGAGACCGAACAUUAACAACGCCCACUGGUUUGCCUCAAAUAAGCUUCUCUUUAUCGUUCUUGCUCUUUUCCACUUGUUAAUAAGUCUCGCAGCUUCACAAAUGCCAUUCUUUGAAUGGAUCAUGGAAGCCAUAAUUCUGGUUGAACUUCUUCUUCCUGUCAUCCGACUGCUUUACUUGCUGCUGCGACCUCUGUUUCUCUACUUCUUCUCAAGAAAGGAGGUCAACCAGGACGAGAGAGGAAUUCCUGUAGAAACUUGCUGUGUAAUGUUUGCUUCACGGGAAGAAGCUAUCAGCAUUGAUAGGGUCAUUCAAGAGGAUGACUCUGCUGUUAAUUCAGUCUCUCAUACCACCAAUCUUAGCCCAUGGGAAAGAGUGGAACGUAUUGGGGCUGGUGGAUAUGGGAUUGUUUAUGUUGCACGUCACAGGGAUACCGGAGACUUAUGUGCAGUAAAGGAACUGAAUGACAUUCACAAACUUCCAAAAGUAGAAUCUUUUGAAAAGGAAAUCAAAAUUCUCAGCCAACUGGAACAUCCAAACAUUGUAAAGUAUUGUGGAAAUGAAAGAAUUGGACGCCACAUUUUUCUAUACAUGGAAUACAUCCAACCAGGUUCACUGAAGAAUUAUAUCUUGGAACGAGGGGGUUUACGUGAACCUUUAAUUCAAAAGUUCACUGCACAAAUUCUCUCUGGGUUGGAUUACCUGUGUAAUAAAAGAGUUGUUCACAGGGACAUAAAACCAGACAAUCUACUUGUCGAUUCUAACAACAAAGUAAAGCUGGUUGACUUUGGUUUGGCGAAGCAUCUAGCAGAAUCCGUGGGCCAGCACUCCACGCCGGGAACUCCAUAUUAUGCAGCCCCAGAGGUUCUUAAAAGGAUAAAAUAUAAGAGCUGGCUUGAAGCUUCUGCUGCUGAUAUAUGGAGUUUGGGCUGUGUAAUCGUUGAAAUGUUCUCAGGGGAACAUCCUUGGCCUGAUCUUGAACCGGUGAAUGCCUCUUUUAAAGUUUGCGUUAAAGAGGAACAUCCACCCAUUCCAGAAGAGUUGAGCCAAGAGGGUAAAGAUUUUCUUCAACUCUGCUUCCAAAAAACUCCGGCCGAUCGGCCUUCUGCUGCAGCAUUACUAGACCAUCCCUAUGUGAAAGCACAAACAACUUAGCUUGCUGGUGGAAGAAAAUGUUGGGAGCGUUGGGAGAUUUUAGUAUGACAUAUAUAUGUAUAGCUAAGGCCUUUAUUAGUCUAUAUAUAUAUAACAAGAAUCAUCGAUUCAUUCUUUCCUCAAGAAUUUUGUACAUCGACCUCUAUAUGUCUUCAGUUUCAACAGAAGAUCGAUGGUAAAUAGAUGGUUGCUGUUUU